UCUUCCUUAUUCGCUUGCCCAAUGUGUUCUAUUUUGAAGCAAAAUUCUUCCUUUUCAAUGAUUUUUGCGAUUUUGGGCGAUUGAUCCUGUUAUGCGGAGUGGGCUUCUUUGUGGCCUCAUUAUCGCUCUGGAAUUUCGUCGAGCAUCUGGUGGCUUUUCUUUGAUCUCGGUGUUUUGUUUGCUUUCGUGUUUGUUGGUGAUGCUGUUUCUUCGAUCCCUCAUUAACAAUUUUUCUCCUUUCAUGGAUCCGUGUGCUUUUGCGCGAGUGACCAUGUUCCGAGAGUAGAACACCAGACCCGUUUUCGACUACAUCGCCCUCUCAGGAUUUUCGUCGAGCAUCUUGCGGAGGUACUUCAUUCUAGAUCUGCAUUCUUUGAAAAUGUCACUUUUCUGCCCUGGUAAUUUUCAUCAUUUGCGGAGCAACCUGGGCUGCACUUCGACUAUUAAGUUUCUCGCCCUCCGAUAUAUCAGUCCUAAGCAAUUUCCUGCUAGGAUUUACAAUCUACGCAACUCCGCACAAGUAAACGAGGCAAGAUCAGAACCACAUAGUUCUAGUGUAACAUGUAACAACCCUCUGCUGCAUCUUCGAAACGGACUGGUGGAUGUCGGAGCUCGGUCAAAUGAAACUACCAGGUUGAAGUCGAGAAAGUUAUCCACAAUUGGAGCUACUCCACGGAAAACUCAAAUACCAAUAGUCGGGAUAUCACCUAAAAAAGACAAAAAGCAGCCUGAGCUUUGUGGAGCUAAAGUUGUUAAUUGUUAUGAUUCCGAACCAGGUAAUUCUGUCGUCGGGAAAGCCACAGACAGACCUGCAACUAUUCUUGUUUUUGACAUUGAAACAACAGGAUUGAGCCGAGAAAAUGAAAGGAUCAUUGAGUUUGCAGUUCGUGAUCUUAAUGGCGGCAAGAACAGUGCUUUUGAAACUCUUAUUAAUCCUGAGAAGAAAGAUGUGACAAAUACAUAUAUUCAUGGAAUUCGAGAUGAUAUGGUCAACAACCCCAAUGUCCCAACGUUCAGAGAGCUACUUCCUAUCCUUCUGCGGUAUGUUCGGAGUCGCCAAAUGCCUGGAAAACCCGUUUUAUGGGUUGCUCACAGUGGCCGCAGAUUUGAUGUGCCAUUCCUCGUCAAAGAAUUCCAACGUUGUUCGAUGACUAUUCCUGAAGACUGGAUGUUUCUCGAUAGUCUUGCUCUUGCACGUCAAUUGGUCUUGGCGAAUGGAUGCAAGCUUCCUUCUGCAUCACUGUCGGCACUCCGUGAGCAUUACGGAAUUCCUCUAACCGGACCUGCUCACCGAGCGAUGCAGGAUGUCACGGUGCUCUGCUACGUGUUCCAGAGAAUUACGUUCGACCUGAAACUGACAGUUCCUCAACUCUUGGAGAAAGCUUUCCGGCCCUAAGUCAAUCGACAUGAUCCUCCAUGAAACAAAAAGCAUGGAGCUUCUUAGCUUUAACAUCAAAUAUAACUUGUUUACUAUUGUUGUUGUUAUUAUUAAUUAUUAUUAUUUUCUUUUUUAAAUUUAUUUGUGAAGUCAAUUGCAUAAAUAUAAGGUAAGACUACCUACUAUCUAAUCCUUUCCCGAGACUAUUGUUGUUGUAAUUUGUAACCAUUCUUGGUGGAAAAGUUAGUCGAUAGAAAACUUUUUUUUUCCUUCAUUUUGUUAUGGAAAAUCGCAAAUCUCUUGUAUCUGA